CUUUUCUUUCCAGUUUCUUUUCACCAUUAUAACCAUUUUAUUUAGGGGAAUUAAAAAUCAAUCAAUCAAUCGAUUAAUUUGAUCAAUUAUUCAGACAGAAUUGUUGUUGUUUGUUUGUUUGUUUAUCAUCUGAUUUUUUUCUUUUUCUUUCUUUUUGUUAAUCAGAUGCAUUGUUAUUCAAGAAUAAACCAUUGAAAAUUGUGAAAUUGAAACUGAACAACCGAAAAAAUUUGAUGAAUAAAAAUGGCUGAUCCAUCAUGGUUAGAUAAAAACAAUAUAACAUCAGUACGUUUGAAAACAUCAACCGGUACUGUUGAAAUUGGACAAUUGGAAGCAUUCGGUUUAUUUGGUCAAACAUUUUUAGUCAUUCUAUAUUCAUUGUCAACAUUUUUUGCAUUAACCGGUAAUACAUUGGUUAUAUUGGUUGAAAUAUAUGGCCGACGUUCAGCUAGAAAUCUACAAAAAUUUCUUAUAAAUUUAGCUAUUUCAGAUUUGUUAUUAGGUGUAUUGGUUACACCAUUCAUUUAUACGGAUAUUAUGCUGGGCCGUUGGAUAUUUCAUCCAUUACUUUGUCCAGUAACACAAUUUGUACAAUUAAUGUCAGUAUUCGUGACAACAUAUACAUUAACAUUCAUCGGUAUUGAACGGUAUGUAAUUUUUUUCUUUGAAUUUUUUGGUUUGACAUACAAAAAGAAACGCAAAUAUAGAAAUUCUGAUUUUUGA